UAUAUCGCAGAUUUUAAGUAAUAAAAUAAAAAUAAAGUACAGUAAAGUUUUGUUCGAUAAGCCCCUAUAGCUCAGUGGUAGAGCGUCAGUCUUGUAAACUGAAGGUCUGUAGUUCGAUCCUGCAUGGGGGCAUUUUGCUAAUUUUUUUUUUUUGGGCUCUCUCAUCACGGAAAGAUGACGUCGCUACGUCCCACGAAUGACGUAACAUCGACCGUCGCCUGUUUCGGCAGCUCCUUGUCCAGAUUGCGAGCCCUGCGCUUCUCUUUGCAGCUCUGUACUUCUUCUUCUUCAAGCCCACUUCGCUUCCGUGAGCUGAUCAACACUCCACGCCUGAAAAGGUUUCAACCUUUGUUUUGUUUUUGGAAUGACUCUGGGGGCCGACGCAUGUCCGCUCUGAUUCAAAAGCUCGCCAGAACCGCCGCGCCCUCUUCUCUCAAACUGUUCAGACAAUCCGGAUUGAACCCGCGGUUCCACCCCGCGCCCGCUCUCGUCCCUCGCCGGACCGUCCCCGGCUCGCCGGGGCCGGAGCGCUCGCGCGAUUCGUCGCGCGUUCCGGGUCAGGGCGCCCACGAGAAUGCGAAAAGCUCGCGGAUUCCGCAGCUUUACCCGGCUUUCCCGUUCGGGUCCUGCGCGAACCCCGAUCCCGUCUCUUCGGCUGCCCUCGAUGGAGCGGAGCACGCGGGGGGCGACGACCCUUGGCGCGUGUGGGCGGAUAGCGUGAAGAAGAAGAGGAAGAGGAAGAUGAACAAGCGCAAGUAUAAGAAGCUCAGGAAGCGCCUCCGGCGAAAGGCCAAGUCGUAGUUUAAAAAUUUGAAUUCGGCGAGAAUUCGAUGCGGCUGGGUUUGGAGCGUUUUGAAUUGUUUCUGUUAUUGUCCAUAAUUGUGACUGUUGUGGGUUCUCUGGAUGAAGUUCUUGGUCCGCUUUUGC